AUGUUAUUAAAAAUUAAGUCGCUUUCUGUCUCUGUGUGUCUGUUCCUUCACCAGACUGAGAUUGCCAAGAGACUAAACACCAUCUGUGCACAAGUCAUUCCCUUCCUCUCGCAGGAGCAUCAGCAGCAGGUCGUCCAAGCUGUAGAGCGCGCAAAACAGGUGACUAUGGCAGAGCUCAAUGCUGUCAUCGGGCAGCAUCUAUCCCAUAACCAUGGUGGUGCCCCUGUGCCCAUGACCCCUCACCCUGCCGGCCUCCACCCCUCUCAGCUGGGCGGUUCGGCUGGCCUCCUGGCUCUGUCAGGAGCACUUGGUGGUCUUCCUCCACAUCUGGCUGGAAAAGAUGGUGAUAAAAAGCCUCACCUGGCCGGACCAGAUUCCCACCCUGGAGGACCCGAGCACCUGAGAGAGAGAGAGCCUGGAACUAGUAACUCGCUGCUGCCAGAAAGUCUCAGGAACUCAGAUAAGCGACGCAAUGGACCUGAUUUUUCAAACGACACCAAGAAACGCAAGGUGGACGACAAGGACUCCAGUCACUAUGAUAGCGAUGGGGACAAAAGUGAUGAUAAUUUAGUGGUGGAUGUUUCAAAUGAGGAUCCAGCCUCCCCUCGUGGCACUCCUCUCCCCUCACCCAGAGAGAACGGCAUGGAUAAAGCACGUCUUCUCAAGAAAGACCCCUGUAGUCCAGCCUCUACUGCUUCAUCAGCAAGCUCCUCCUCCCUCAAGUCCAAAGAGAUGGCAAUGCGAGAUAAAGCAGGCACACCUGGGCUAAAGUCAAGCACACCCACACCCAGAGGUGACUCCACUCCUGGUCCAAGCACCACACCUGGAAUCAGGCCCAGUCUGUCCAAACCCCCCUCCAUGGAGAUACCACAUCCACCUACUGCAGGUUUGCGAACGCCCCUGGCUGUACCAGGCCCAUACCCGGGUGCUUUUGGUAUGUUGCCCCAUGCAGCAGGGAUGAAUGGGGAGCUGGCAGGGGCUGCGGCCUAUGCUGCUGGACUGCACAACAUGUCACCCCAGAUGAGCGCUGCCGCCGCGGCCGCUGUGGCUGCAUAUGGCCGUUCACCCAUGGUUGGGUUUGAUCCUCAUCCUCACAUGAGAGUUCCUGGAAUACCUCCAAGUCUGACCGGAAUCCCUGGUGGAAAACCUGCCUACUCUUUUCACGUGGCGGCUGAUGGACAGAUGCAGCCAGUACCGUUCCCCCCGGAUGCUUUGGUAGGUCCGGGCAUCCCUCGCCACGCCCGUCAAAUCAACACACUGAACCACGGAGAGGUGGUGUGCGCUGUCACCAUCAGUAAUCCAACCAGACACGUUUACACAGGAGGGAAGGGUUGUGUCAAGGUCUGGGACAUUAGUCACCCAGGAAACAAGAGCCCUGUGUCACAGCUCGACUGUCUGAACCGAGACAACUACAUUCGCUCCUGUCGCCUCCUCCCUGAUGGGCGAACGCUUAUAGUGGGUGGUGAGGCGAGCACUUUGUCAAUAUGGGAUCUGGCCACACCCACUCCCAGGAUCAAGGCAGAGUUAACGUCAUCAGCACCGGCGUGCUAUGCUCUGGCCAUCAGCCCGGACUCUAAGGUCUGCUUCUCCUGCUGCAGUGAUGGCAACAUCGCAGUCUGGGAUUUACACAAUCAGACACUUGUUAGGCAGUUCCAGGGCCACACAGAUGGAGCCAGCUGUAUUGACAUCUCCAAUGAUGGCACCAAGCUGUGGACCGGAGGCCUCGAUAACACGGUUCGCUCCUGGGAUCUGAGAGAGGGGCGGCAGCUGCAGCAGCACGACUUCACAUCACAGAUCUUCUCUCUUGGCUACUGUCCGACGGGAGAGUGGCUCGCUGUGGGAAUGGAGAGCAGCAACGUCGAGGUCCUUCAUGUCACCAAACCCGACAAAUACCAGCUUCACCUACACGAGAGCUGUGUACUGUCUCUGCAGUUUGCCUACUGUGGUAAAUGGUUUGUGAGCACAGGAAAGGAUAACCUACUAAAUGCAUGGAGAACACCCUAUGGAGCCAGCAUAUUCCAGUCUAAAGAAUCUUCCUCUGUGCUAAGUUGUGACAUAUCUGUGGACGACAAGUACAUCGUCACUGGUUCAGGGGACAAGAAGGCCACUGUUUAUGAGGUCAUCUACUAAAAAUGUGAAAGGAAAUCAAGGACAUCUGCUCUUUUUCCACACACUGAUUUGUUUCUAGAAAUGUUCACAAUGGAGCCUGAAAUCGCAGACAACAGUGAUGAUCACGGUCUGUUUUUCUGUUACAUCUGCCGAAGACACAUAGAAAGGAGAGAACACGCACACGUGUGUUGUGCCAGUAAACAUGACUCAAUAUCAGCUGGGAGCUUUUCACUCGAGAAGCUGGAUGUUAAUGGAACGAGAGGAACCGUUUGGAUGUUCUUGUCUCUGCUGCUUUUUGCUGUGGACUGCACUGGGAUCAGAUACAGGGACCAAGAAAUGAGUGAACUGAAGUGCAUCGGAUUGACUGGGACCAACUCCUCUGGAAAAUACUGUACUGAACAUCAGAUACUAAGACACUUGAUUCGGUGUGACGACCGGGGGGCGGAGACCCCAGAAGAAAAACUCUAGCAGGUUGAAUAUGUGAACAAACAACAGAAAGACGGAGCAGGAUGUGGACAUACCUUUUGACAGACGAGAGGAGAAGCAACAGCAGAAGAACAUUUUAUAGACGGAGAAUGCGGAACAUGUUUGAUUUGUUCUCGACAGAUAUCGCUCACAGCCUGUUUGUCUCUCAGCUUUGACUCUUUGACCUUAAAAACGUCAGCUUGCUGUUCUGAAACACCUACACUGUGUGAAAAGUACCUUUUUUCAGUCUUAACACUAAGUCCAAACCUCACUAACUGCACUGUAGCUGCAACCGUCCACCCACACACUCGGUACACACUGUACUUAGAAAAUACCCUGACAGGACCUUUGAAACAUACUGAAGGCCUUGUUGACUUGUCCAUCAUCAUGCUACUUCUGUGAUGGGUUAAUAAGAUCCUCGUGAGGUGCUGUACGUCCUUCUAAUGCAAUCCAAGAGAAUUUAAAGUCUUUUUAUAAUGGAGAAAUAUUUACCAAACUAAAAAAGCCUUGAAAACAGGACAAUAUACUGCAAAUGUUGUUCUGAUAAUUGGAUUUAUCCUCAAAAACUCAAACCUUUCUCUUACGUUUUAACUCAUCCGAACACAAAUCCUGAAGUCUUAAAGACGUUGACGGAAAUGUUGACAGGAAGGCGGCACUGUGUGUGGCGGUUGGUACUGUCACCUCACAGCAAGAAAGAUCCAAGUUUGAUUCCCAGCUUGAGUUUGCAUAAAAGAAAAAGGAAACAGCCACAUGAGCCCUCAUAUGUUUAAAGUCUUGGUCCCUCCUCCUUCUUCUUGAACAGCUCUUUCAUCAACUAAUCAAUAUUUCAGAGACUCAGUUUGGAUUAUUGAUCGGCUGGAUAUUGUUUCAGAUUGAUUUCUUUUGUUGCAGUGUAAACAUGUCCCUGCUGUUCAUUUUAAUGCAGUUCAUUUGUCUCUGCUCUCUUUGACAAUAAGUUCACUGGUUGAGGUCAUGAUAAUUAGGAUGAUGAUCUCAAAUAAAAGAUGUUUCCACUAUAUUUAAGAUUUAAAAGAAGCAACCCUAUAAUUUCAGUCUUACUCCUGUAAAUUCACCCUGACCCUGCCUUUGUCACUCUUUGAAACACGUGAUGUAUAAUCAUGCUUUGUGAACCAGGACCAGCUCAAUGUGAUUUCAUCUCGUUUAUUGGAAAUCUUAUAUGAAGAAAUGUCCUCUGCGAUACAUUCACUGAACAAAUGACAUUUUCCCACAUGGUCACUUGUUUGAACGCAUUAUUGAAACCGGCUUAAUUGCAUUAAAGCGUUAAAAAGUUUUUUUCUCUUUACAGAGAAGUUUGUGGGAUUUGCAAACAGGAUUACAUAAAUUGUCUGGACGAUUUAAUCGAGGAGGAGAAGUCGUAUUUCAGCUUCAGGAAGGAACCAAUCUCAGCCAUUUUAAACCCAUUAUUUCAUGACUUUGUGUUUAGUUUUUUUUUUCUAUUUCUGUCUGUUGAAUGUUUGUAAAAAUGUAUAUAUGUUUUUUUUCUUACAGGACAUGCUUUAGGAAUAACAAAAAUUUUUUGUACGUCUUUUACAUGGAGAAGAAAUGUCUAAUCAGGAGAAAUACUAAACGGUCUUAAUGCUAGCUAAUCUAUAAUGAUUGAAAUGUCUAGACAAUAAAUGUUUUUUUUGUAACUGGAGUGGUUUUCCUGGACUUUCUGGGUUGGAACUAGAACACUUGUUUGGAUCAAUCACAGAUAAUUUUAAAAGAAGCUCAAAGUUUUUAAAAUCAGCAUCAUAAACAGAUGAUUUAGAAUCCGGAAAUGAAACAAAACUUAAUGGGGGAAGUUAGUCACUGGAACAACACCUCAGUGCCCAGGAGGAUAGUGGUUGUCCUCAUUUUGCUUUGCUUGGAUGUUUGAAAUAAAAUAUGUUUAUUACUUUGUAAAAUCA